AUGUCUGCCGAAACAGCACCUAAAAGCCGGUCCAGGGUCAGCAAACCGAAACCUGGCAAGCUGAACAAAAAUACCAAUGUGCUGCCGCCACCGGAAAACUCGUGUAUCAUUUGUGCCGAGGCUAUCUUGUAUUCUGCUGUUUCUCCAUGCAACAACGUCACCUGCCAUCUCUGUUGUUUCAGACAAAGAGCUCUCUACGAGAGGAACACAUGCUUGGUGUGUCGAACAGAACACCCAGAGGUGGUUUUUACAGACCAGGUGUUGGAGCCUGAGGCUAGAUAUACCCACUUUGAGGAUGUGAGUAAGGAGCUCAUCAAUGAUAAGUAUGGGAUCAGGUUCACGUCGCAGGAUGCCCAGGACGCUACUUUGCUGCUUCUAGACCAGAAAUGUGGGGUUUGUGGGGACAGUUUCCCUACGUUUAAUAAACUAGCAGAACAUACGAAGAAUACUCAUAAUAAGGAGUACUGUGGGAUCUGUGCUAGCCAUAGGAAAGCGUUUGUCAGCGAACUCAAGCUUUACACGAGGAAACAGCUUAAUAAGCAUUUGAACGAAGGUGACGUUGAAGGGUUCAAGGGCCAUCCAAAAUGCAAGUUCUGCCGAAACAAGCAGUUCUACUCAGAGGAUGAGUUGAAUAUUCAUAUUAGAGACCACCACGAAAGAUGCUACAUCUGUGAUCAGGACUCGCCUCAUCUGGCAGGCUACUACCGUAACUACGACCAUCUUUAUGAGCAUUUCAGAGACGCCCAUUAUGUCUGUUCGGUUCCAUCUUGCGUGGAGAAGCGUUUUGUCGUCUUUAGAGAAGACUUGGACUUGACUGCUCACAUGUUAAAGGAACACGGCGGGCUCACCGGCCACAACGGCAGAGUUGUCAUUGGUUCCGGCUACCAAUCCCUGUUGUCCACCUUCCCUCAAAACCACCGUUCUAGACCACAACCCCAGCAGGACUCCAUGGAAACGAAAAGACGUCGUUUGGAGGAAAGAGCAAAGCAUUACCUCAACAACAACGAAGAAGAUAUGGCCCGGUUUGCCGAUAUCAACCACGCAUACAGAUUAAAACGCAUCGACGCCCAGCGUCUCAUUAGUGACUACGAAUCCUUAUUUAAGGUGCCCGAGCUGGAUCUCUCACUCUUGAUUUACGAAUUGGCAGAGUUAUACCCACAAAGCUCUGACCAGAGACAGCAGCUCCACUCGGUUUAUUUAUCCAAGUACCCAGCAUCUCCAUCUGCAUCGAACGCCGCUUCUCCUGGUUUGACUGAAAGCUUCCCUGUUCUUGGAAACGGUUCUCUGAGCUCGGUCUCGCUUCUGUCGUGGGCUCCAGGCACCAGCCAUAAAAAGACCCAGAACGAGCUUUUCCCAAGAUUACCUAAACCAACAAAACCUACUGUUGUUAAAAACGAUCAGCCUGUCAGGUACGUCAAAAUGAAGAAACCUCAACCUAAGCCUUCUGUGACGGUUAACAACUUCCAAGGGAACCUGAGCUUCAGACCUACAUACUUGGAGAACACCCAUAAAACGCCAUCCACGUCGUCGUUUCCUUCAUUAAACGGCUCUGCAGCCAAUUCCAAUGCCAGCAGCGCCCAAAACCUGCGCAGCCAGUCUCCAUUGGUUGCAAGUGCCAGUCCUAAGAUUUCAGAUAAGAACUUCCCAGCUUUAGCGAAGAAGACUACCAAGAAAGAAAUCCCAAGGGUAAAUGCAGUGAACACCAGCUCCGGGUCAUGGGGAGGAGGCCUUUCCCAGCCGUCUCCGAAACCUAGCCCUACAAACGACUUUGGUAUCCCAAUUAUAGAUAAAAAGGCAGAGAAGCUUAAGCGGAAGCAGGAGAAAGCGCAGCGGAAGUGGUAG